ACAUUGUUUGUAAACUUUUCAAAGAAAUUUUUUCUAGCUAUUAUCAAGCGAGGCUUUCCUGUGCGGUUGUACACUAAGGUUAUCUAACGCGUGUGGUUGAAUAGGUAGAUGAAACAGAAUUGAAGUGUGAUGAUUCAUUAACGAAUAUGAAACACACUUGAGAUUCGGAACUCUUCAGGGAAAAGGAGAUACAAUUGCUGAUAAAGAUAGUUACCAUAAAAAGCCUUACACAUAGAAUUACAGCAGAGGAAAUGCUAAACGCUUAAAAGGUAAAUACAUAUAAAAAUUUAUAAACACUAUCUGAAGAACUUAAUAUUAUACAGAGAAUUUGAUCAGUUAAAUUACGAUGUCGAAUCAAAAAGCACGAAGAAAGUCCAUUGGAAUGUUUUCUCUGGUGUCGACGGCAAAAACAAAAUCGGCGUCGUACGUCAAAAAUCCGACUUCUUAUAUUGAAUUAGCUAUACAAGAAGUUGGUAUUCCUCUUACGGUAAAAUUACUUGACGAAAACAACGAAGAAGAAUUAUCGCAACACGAUAUCCUAACCAUACACCAGCAAUAUAAUAUAACUCAGCUAGAGUGUACCAAGCCUAAUGGGGAAACUGUUAAGGUACCAUCUACACUACCGUGUCGUGUGAAUUACAUUGCGAUUGAUAAAAGUAAAAUUUACCAUACCGUAAACGAUGUUUUUGAGAAUCGAGUUGAAGAUAAAAUUACUUGGAUAGUCGUCACCAAACCCUUUGUUUGCCAAGGUUAUGUGUACAGCCCCGGGUUGAUAUUUGAAGUGUUGCAUGAAGAAACAAACAGCGAAGAUGAUGCAUUAACCGUAGAGGUUCACCCAGGGCGAUUGCUAGUUUAUUUACCUUUACAAAUUCGUGGUGAAUUUAGAAAAUGUAACUCGCCAUAUUUCGAGUGUGAAUGCGAGUUGAGUAGUUUACAGAAUGAAGUUACUCCAUUCUUCAUUACGCCAAAUAAGACUGACGUACAUAAAUUAUAUGCACAACAAAUCGAAGUUCCGCAAGAGAGAUUGUUUAUAACAGAUAAGACGGACGAUUGUUAUUUAAUAGCUAGCUCGUAUUCGAAAACCAAACAGUUUUAUGUUCACACUUUCCCGGUAGAUUUUCAGCUCACGUGUGAAAUAUUACUUGGAGGAGUACCCGUAGAUAUUCUCUCAGAAGAGGAGUUGGUCUUGAUACAAAGAGAACUGGUCUUAAACAGCCAUACGAACAGGAAGCGUUUUUUGAGUUUGAAAUACGAUGAUGUUGGUAUUUCACGCAAAAAAUCGAAAUUAAACGGAAAAAUAAAAAAGAAAGAUAUUCACGCCCCGAAAAAAUUAGAAAAUAAAGAUUUUAAACGUUAUAUCGAAACACCAACAAGUAUUUUAAAGGAACUUAACUUAAAUAUCGCAAAUUUGCGAAACGAAUUCGAAGAAAAGGACGAUACAAGUAGUUCCGAUGCGAUAUCUACCGAAACAUCCACCGUUAAAAGGGCGAAACCACGCGAAAGAAAAUCGUUAGACUAUAGGAGUAGCUCGAUACGCUUUGAGCGAUUUUCAGUUGCCGAUGUUCUUGAGCUGUUAUACCAACUAUCACUCGAGGACUAUCACCAAAUAUUUCGAAACGAGCAAAUAAAUGGCAAGCUUUUAACGAACUUUGAUGAAAACGAUUUCAUUGAGCUUGGUAUGGAACGCAGUGAAGCGGAACAGUUGUACUUCUUCAUUAAUGGACUCGUUUGAAGUUUUAAAUUAUUUAUUAAACUCGUUUACUCAUUUAACCAAACAAUUCAGGAAGAGAAUUCUGCAGUCUUGUUCUGAGAACAUGGAGAAAAACUUUACGUAAUGUCAGAUAGACUGCCAAAGUUGCAAUGGCCCAUAGUUUGAAACUGAAAUAAAAAUUAGGCAAUUUUUUUUAACCAACAUGUAAAUAUUAAAAUUGUAAAGUAUAGAAAUAUGCAUGUUUAUAAAAAUCAAUAUUUAAUCAGUGUUUAAAAGUGAAAUAUAUUACGAUAUCAUUUGAUUAUCCUAAGAA